AUGUCCGAUAAAGAUCAUUCGUUACCUAUUCCAGUACCUGGAAAUGAAGAGAAUGGAAACAAUAAGUCAACUUUUUCUCAAUCAGUGUUUCGUAAAAUGAGUCAACCUAUGUCUCCAUUAUCAUUAUCAGGCCCAGCUAACCAGGCGUCCACACAACUGGCGAUAGCCUCUAUAGCGCCAAUGUUGGAAGGGUUUGCGCCCAAAACUAGUGCCGAGGAAUCUAAGGAUGGUGUUUCUUCGAAAUUGACCACUUCGCCUCAUGGAUCGGAUAGUUUGUCAACAGAUAAUUUGAAUGCGAACGAUACGGCUAAGUCGAAAAGGAAUUCAAGGGCAGGUUCUACUUCUUCUGGAAGUGCAUUGGAUCCAGGGAUGAGUAAAUUGAAUAAAACUACGUCGAAUUCGUCUUCUGCUUCAAGGAUGUCUAUAUCUAUUCACAAGGAACCAGAAGGGCCUAAAUUGCCUAAGAUAGGUAAGAUUGGUGUAUGCGCUAUGGAUUCUAAAGUCAUGUCUAAACCAUGUCGUCGUAUCUUGAACAGGUUAAUUGAAAACGGAGAGUUUGAAACCAUUAUUUUUGGGGAUAAGGUAAUUCUUGAUGAAGCCAUUGAAAAUUGGCCAACGUGUGAUUUUUUGAUUAGUUUUUUUUCAUCUGGAUUCCCUUUAGAAAAGGCUAUUGCUUAUGCUAAUUACCGUAAGCCAUAUAUAUUGAAUGAUUUAAUUUUGCAAAAAACACUUUGGGAUAGAAGAUUAGUCUUAAAUAUUUUGAAUCAUGCUAAUGUCUCAACGCCAGAAAGAUUGGAAAUUAGUCGUGACGGUGGUCCCCACAUUGAUGACUCGUUGAUGAAUAAAUUAAAAGAAAUUGGCUUGUCAGAUGAACAGUUGAAGAACCUAACUGACCAAAAGGAACCUGAAUGGGAAAUGAUCGAUGACGAUACUUUGCAGGUCGAAGAUAAGAUAAUGAAGAAGCCAUUUGUAGAAAAGCCGGUAGAUGGUGAAGAUCAUAACGUGUAUAUUUACUAUCCUAAAUCUACAGGUGGUGGUGGUCGACGUUUGUUUAGAAAGAUUGGUAACAAAUCUUCCGAAUUUGAUCCUGAGUUAUCAACACCUAGAACUGAAGGAUCAUACAUCUAUGAAAAGUUUAUGGAUACAGAUAACUUUGAGGAUGUGAAAGCCUAUACUGUGGGACCUAAAUUUUGCCAUGCAGAGACUCGUAAAUCGCCAGUGGUUGAUGGUAUUGUUAGACGUAAUACCCACGGAAAGGAAAUUAGGUUUGUAACUGAAUUGACCGAAAGGGAAACAAUUAUGGCUAAAAAUGUGAGCUCUAUAUUUCAACAGACUAUUUGUGGAUUUGAUUUAUUGAGAGUAAAUGGGGAAUCAUAUGUAAUUGAUGUCAAUGGUUUCUCGUUCGUCAAAGAUAAUAAUGAGUAUUAUGACUCGUGUGCAUCAAUAUUAAGAGGUUUGUUUAUUGAAGCCAAAAAAUCCCGUGAUUUGUUGAAGACAAAGAUACCCCGUCUGUCUAAAUUACUUCACAAGAGUCAAUUUGAAGAAAAAGAACAAAAAUGGGUGUUUAAAGGUAUGGUAUCUGUUAUUAGGCAUGCAGAUCGUACUCCUAAACAAAAGUUCAAGUACUCAUUUAGAUCGCCUUUAUUUAUUUCAUUGUUAAAAGGUCAUUUGGAGGAAGUCAUCAUUAGGGAUGUUCCUGAUCUUCAAGUUGUUUUAGAAACUGUGAAAAUUGCAGAAGAAAAAAAAUUGGAAGAUCUAAAGAAACUUAAACAAUUAAGAGGGGCGUUAGAAAAGAAAAUGGAUUUUCCGGGUACCAAAAUUCAAUUGAAGCCUUCUUUAAAUUCUGAAAAUCCAGAAACAGUUGAGAAGGUACAAUUAAUCUUAAAAUGGGGUGGUGAACCAACUCAUUCAGCACAAUUUCAAGCAAACGACGUUGGAGAGCAACUUAGACAAAAUAUUAAGCUUUUGAAUCGUGAUGCCCUAAAGGAUGUAAAAGUGUUUACAUCUUCAGAAAGAAGAGUUAUUGCAAGUGCACACUUAUCUACAUUAGCCUUAUUAGGUUUAGAUAAGGAGCAUGAAGAAUUACCAGACGACUUUUUGAUUAUUCGGAAAGAUUUAUUGGAUGAUUCAAAUGCAGCAAAGGAUUUAAUGGAUAAGGUUAAAAAGAAGUUGAAACCAUUAAUAAGACAAGGUGCUGAGGCCCCUCCUCAAUUUACUUGGCCGCCUAAGAUGCCUCAGCCGUUUGUUGUGAUCAAACGUGUCUGCCAAUUAAUGAAUUAUCAUCAACAAAUUAUGGAUUAUAACUUCGAAAAGCAUAAUGUGGACGAAUUCCAAAAAAACUGGUGUUGUGGUGAAGAUCCUGUUCUAUUUAAAGAAAGAUGGGAUAAAUUAUUUCAAGAGUUCACAACUGUGGAGAAAACACAUCCAUCAAAAAUUUCCGAAUUGUAUGACACCAUGAAGUACGAUGCAUUGCACAACAGACAAUUUUUACAAAAUAUCUUUUCCUUCGAUCCAAACGACGAAGAGUUGCUCGCAAGAUUGAAUAAGGUAUGUGGCGAUACGAUAAAUUCUUCAGGAUUAGUCAGUGAAUAUCCAAUUAAUAUUUUGGCGAUGAAUAAUUUCAAAAUUCCAAACGAUAACCAGACUACUUCGAACAGUAAUAAUACAUCAGGUCCAAAUUCAAGCUCCAAUUCAAGCAGCAACCUUGCUAAUAUUACAACCUCUACUACUCCCGCGUCAGCUGGAUCGUUGGGAUGGGUUUUAAAGGGAGCCACUUCAACAGUUGAUGAUUCAUCUUCAAAUAAUGAGUCGAAUACUAAUAAAAAGCAAGAUACUCAUGACAAUUUAUUCGAUCGUCCAACGUUUACAAGACUUCGAGAAUUGUACAGAUUAUCGAAGGUAUUAUUUGAUUUUAUUUGUCCUCAAGAAUAUGGUAUUAAGGAUGAAGAGAAAUUAGACAUUGGAUUACUUACUUCAUUGCCAUUAGCAAAGCAAAUAUUGUCAGAUAUCCAAGGUAUGAGGGAUAACGAUGCAGCAGCUGUAGUAAAUUACUUCACAAAGGAAUCUCAUAUUUAUACAUUAUUGAAUGUUAUUUAUGGUUCUCAAAUCCCAAUGAAGAUUGCUAGAAAUGCUUUACCAGAAUUGGAUUAUAUGUCACAGAUUGUUUUUGAAUUAUAUGAAGCAGACGAUUCAAAUGAUCCAUCUGGUAAAAAGCAUUCCAUUAGGUUAUCUUUAUCUCCAGGUUGCCAUACUCAAGAUCCGUUAGAUGUUCAAUUAGAUAAUGAUCAUUACAUUGGAUGUAUUCCACGUAUUGGUUUAACUAGACAUUUAGAUAUGGAUUUAGUGACCCAAAGAUUAAAGUCAAGAUUCUCUAGAGUUUCAUUGCCUAAGAAAUUUACUCCAGUUAAUAUCUCGAGUCCAUUAGCAACAGGCUUAUAG